AUGCAGAUACUGAUAGACCAACAUAGUCAACCCAUAGGCAUAGCGAAGAAUAAUUAUGAAGAAUACUACUUAUAAAAUUAAAAUAUAUUACGCGCUUGCGCUUUAUAUUUAUGAGAUGUGCUAGAGCGGACGGCCGUUCUCUCCGUCAGUCCGUCGGUCGGUUGGAUUUCACCGCUCUCCAUUUUGGAGAACGCCGAACUCUUUGGUUCUGCGUCGCACUUUGCCCUACACCGGGAGUGAGGUCGUCGCUGCGCCUUGGAAGUCGGGGGUCCGGGAUUCGCUACUUUGAGCUAGUUUCUAGCUUGGUAGCAGUCGCCAAAUCCCGUCUCGCGGGAACCCGUCGAAAUCCUGGAUGAGGGAGAGCUCAGCUUCAUCUGAGUAAAGUUGCCCUCGGGUGACACCGCCCUCCCACGCGGUUACUGUGGCCCGUGGCCUUGUCUUCGGGCGGGGUAGGCGCGGUUUCUCGCAACCCGGGUCGCAUUCCUUCAUGAACCUUCGGGGGAAAGGAUUGCUUCUCUUGCGUGUGCCCAGCCCGUGAUCCUCUUCUGGGGAUAGGCGGGCGCACGCAGAAACCCUAUAGCACGGCGCAUUUUCCCGUCUAGGCCGUCAGUGCAGGCCGCGCAGGGAUUGAUGACUGAGAUGAGGCUGUCAGUGCAGGCCGUCAGGAUGACGAUGAGUAAUGCCGUCAGUACAAGCCGUCAGGAUGAUGAUGAGUAAGGCCGUCAGUGCAGGCCGUCAAGGUGACGAUUAGUAAAGCCGUCAGUGCAGGCCGUCAGGAUGAUGAUCAGUAAGGCUGUCAGUGCAGGCCGUCACGAUGAUGAUGAUGAUGAUUGAGAGACGAAGUGCCCCCGCCUCCCGCCAGUACAAGCGCGCAGGGCUAUUGUUCUCUCCCCCUUUGUGCGCUGUCAGUGUACUUAGGCCGUUCUUUUCCGGGGUCGCUCUCCCCCGGGCUCCCGUGAGCCCCCGACGGCCUCGCAUUUGGCAUCUCAUUUGGCGUGGCCCGGUCGGCUUCGUUAUCUCGUGACGUCGAAGUCUACCGUGGGGCCCUGCCGGCUAACAAGGGCUUACCGCGAGGAGCCCCUUUUUUGCGGGCGUGCCUCGGCUGCUCGGCCUUCGGUGUUGCGUCUUUGCGCGCGAGUCUCCCGCCAUACGUGGCGGGGGGCAGUGACACACAGAGUUCCGAUAAGGCCGCCGCUCGUUGCUAUUCUCCUCUAUAUUACGCGCUUGCGCUUGCCUUUAUAUUUAUGAGAUGGGCUAGAGCGGACGGCCGUUCGCUCCAUCAGUCCGUCGGUCGGUUGGAUUUCACCGCUCUCCAUUUUGGAGAACGCCGAGCUCUUUCUUCCCACCCUGCUCCCCGUGUGGCCGCGCGUCGUCCCACCCUUGCUUGGUUCGUUGAGUUAGUGGUGGGCCCGGUCGGCUUCGUCAUCAUGUGAUGUCGAAGUCUACCGUGGGGCCCCGCCGGCUAAAAAGGGCUUACUGCGAGGAGCUCCUUUUUUGCCGGCGUGCCUCGGCUGCUCGGACUUCGGUCUUGCGUCUUCGCGCGCGAGACUCCCGCCAUACGUGGCGGGGGGGAGCGGCACACAGAGGUCCGAUAAGGCCGCCGCUCGUUGGUGCUAUUCUGAUCUAUAUAAUAUCUAUGUGGUUACCAGGUUCUUCAUCUUCAAGCCCUUGAUCAUGUUCAUGACUUCGUGGGAUUUGAAGGAAAGCAUUGUGAAAAGCAAAUAGCUCGACUUUUCACUGGCAAGAAUACUAGUUUCGUCCGCUUUUUCGUCGCAUGAUGUACUUGUACAAACAGUCGCGAGUCAUGCUCUGUUCGUGAGCUCCCCAGGAGUUUUUCUUGAGCAGAGUGGUUCCCUUGUGCUCACAUUGACUGUUCUUCAGCAUGAUGGCGACGCGUUGGAUCGGUUUGCUUAACACAAG